CUGUCUUUCUUGAUGACUCUGUGUAGAUCGUAAGGAUACGCGUAUCAGAAAGAUGUACAGCGGUUCUAUGAAGAUCACUAACCAGGUGUUUGAGGAUACCUAUGAAGACUCCAACAGCACUGAGUACAGAGCACUGGCCGAACAGGUCGUCAAACAGGUCAGAAAACACCUUGGCCGUGUCUGAAAUCUGUCUUGCCUUCUACUUACUCAAACUGCAUACUAUUUAGAACAGGUACAGUGCCUUGCAAAAGUAUUCAUCCCCCUUGGCGUUUUUCCUAUUUUGUUGCAUUACAAACUGUAAUUUAAAUUGAUUUUUAUUUGGAUUUUAUGUAAUGGACAUACACACAACAGUCCAACUUGGUGAGGUGAAAUGAAGAAAAUAACUUGUUUCAAAACAUUAUAAAAAAAUAAAUAACGGAAAAGUGGUGCGUGCAUAUGUAUUCACCCCCUUUGCUAUGAAGCCCCUAAAUAACAUCUGGUGCAACCAAUUACCUUCAGAAGUCACAUAAUUAGUUAGAUUGCACACAGGUGGACUUUAUUUAAGUGUCACAUGAUCUCAGUAUAUAUACACCUGUUCUGAAAGGCCCCAGAGUCUGCAAAACCACUAAGCAAGGGGCACCACCAAGCAAGCGGCACCAUGAAGACCAAGGAGCUCUCCAAACAGGUCAGGGACAAAGUUGUGGAGAAGUACAGAUCAGGGUUGGGUUAUAAAAUAAUAUCUGAAACUUUGAACAUCCCAAGGAGCACCAUUUUAAAUCCAUUAUUAAAAAAUUGAAAGAAUAUGGCACCACAACAAACCUGCCAAGAGUGGGCUGCCCACCAAAACUCACGGACCAGGCAAGGAGGGCAUUCAUCAGAGCGGCAACAAAGAGACCAAAGAUAACCCUGAAGGAGCUGCAAAGCUCCACAGCGGAGAUUGGAGUAUCUGUCCAUAGGACCACUUUAAGCCGGACACUCCACAGAGCUGGGCUUUACAGAAGAGUGUCCAGAAAAAAGCCAUUGCUUAAAGAAAAAAAUAAGCAAACAUGUUUGGUGUUCGCCAAAAUGCAUGUGGGAGACUCGCCAAACAUAUGGAAAAGGGUACUCUGGUCAGAUGAGAGUAAAAGUGAGCAUUUUGGCCAUCAAGGAAAAACGCUAUGAAACUGGUCAGAAUUGAAGGAAUGAUGGAUGGCGCUAAAUACAGGGAAAUUCUUGAGGGAAACCUGUUUCUGUCUUCCAGAGAUUUGAGACUGGGACGGAGGUUCACCUUUCAGCAGGACAAUGAACCUAAGCAUACUGCUAAAGCAACACUUGAAUGGUUUAAGGGGAAACAUUUAAAUGUCUUGGAAUGGCCUAGUUAAAGCCCAGACCUCAAUCCAAUUGAGAAUCUGUGGUAUGACUUAAAGAUUGCUGUACACCAGCGGAACCCAUCCAACAUGAAGGAGUUGGAGCGGUUUUGCCUUGAAGAAUAGGCAAAAAUCCCAGUGGCUAGAUGUGCCAAGCUUGUAGAGACAUACCCCAAGAGACUUGCAGCUGUAAUUUCUGCAAAAGGUGGCUCUACAAAGUAUUGACUUUGGGGGGGUGAAUAGUUAUGCACGCUCAAGUUCAGUUUUUUUUGUCUUAUUUCUUGUUUGUUUCACAAUAAAAAAUAUUUUGCCUCUUCAAAGUGGUAGGCAUGUUGGGUAAAUCAAAUGAUAAAAGUAAUCCUUCUACCCCACCCCUACUCCACCCCGAAAUAAAAAAUGAAAAAAUAUAUAAAAAAAUAUGUGUAUAUAUAUAUAUAUAUAUAUAUUAUAUCCGAGUGGCGCAGUGGUCUAAGGCACUGCAUCGCAGUGCUAACUGUGCCACUAGAGAUCCUGGUUCGAAUCCAGGCUCUGUUGUAGCCGGCCGCGACCGGGAGACAUGGGGCGGCGCACACUUGGCCCAGCGUCGUCCAAGUUAGGGGAGGGUUUGGCCGGCAGGGAUGGCGUUUUCAAUGCCAGGGUUGUGGGUUCGAUUCCCAUGGGGGGCCAGUAUGAAAAAAAAUAAUGUAUGCACUCACUAACUGUAAGUCGCUCUGGAUAAGAGCGUCUGCUAAAUGACUAAAAUGUAAAUGUAAUGUAAAUGUAUAUAUUGAGAAGAAAAAAAAAAUGUUAACAUAUACUAUUGUUAAACAUAUACUAUAAAAAAUUAGAAAAAAUACAAAUUAUAAAGUGGUUGUCCCACUGGCUAUCAUAAGGUGAAUGCACCAAUUUGUAAGUCGCUCUGGAUAAGAGCGUCUGCUAAAUGACGUAAAUGUAAAAUGUAAUACAAAUCCCCCCCCAAAAAACAAUUUUAAUUCCAGGUUGUAAGGCAACAAAAUAGGGAAAAUGCCAAGGGGGGAUGAAUACUUUCGCAAGCCACUGUAUGGGCAACUCCAGUCCUGGGGCACCUGAUUGGUGUCACACUUUUCCCCCAGCCCUAUAACUAACACACCUUAAGCUAGUUGCAUUCCUAACUGAAAACCAUGAUUGGUUGUUUAUAGGAGAGCAGCAGGUCGCAACCAGGCCCCUGAGGACUGGAGUUGCCCAUCCCUGAUUUUACAACAAACUGUUUAGUAAAAUCAAAUGCAGUAAGCAACAAAUAUCAACAUACUAGGCUCCUCCUACUGAGAAUACGUCAUCUACUGCACAAUAGCAUUGAUUCCCGCCAUUCGUUUGGAAGGGGAGGGGUAGAGUGUGGAAGGCAGGGGUAGAGUGUGGAAGGGGAGGGGUAGAGUGUGGAAGGGGAGGGGUAGAGUGUGGAAGGGGAGGGGUAGAGGGUGUCCCCUUAUCACAUUAUGAGCUGAUAAUCAGUACACAGUAAGUCUGGAAAGACUCUUCUCUUCCUCAGAAGUAUGCAUCUAAUUCUACUGGAUGAAGAGCUGUAAUGAGGAUGACAUCCUGGCAUUUAAAGCAGACUACAUUUUUAGAAAUUUAACAUACUAUAAAACUGUAUAUUUUCGCGUACCCGAAAGGCCUACUAUUUAGAACACAAGUAUUAUGGGUAUUCAGACAUGGCUCUUCUUUCAUACUGGAAUACUGUUGGAGUCCCAAAUGGCCUAUCCCCUUUACAGUGCUCUACUUUUGACUGGGUGUCAUUUGGGUUGUAGUCAUGGUCUUUCCACUACUGAUAAGUCACUUUAAUAAAUCAAUCAAUCAUUUGUGUCUGAGGAUAAUACAUUGUGCAGCAAGAUUCACACGCAAACAUUCUAAAUGAAAGAAAAUAUAAUCAUUUCAGUUAAUUCAUUCCUGUGUUUUUUUUUUUUUUUUCAUUUUUCAGCUGAGAACACUCUACAACAAGAUGCCCCAGCUGGCCAAGUACUAUGUUGGUUCCACCAUACAAGCCUUCAGGUACAGUAACUGUAUGAGUGUGAUCGCAUGCUGAUAAUCUGCGUGAUCUUUCCACCAUUGCAUGCCUGUUUGCUAAUCCCCAUGUAGCUGAUCUGUUUGAAUCCAUAACAGAGCAGAGAUUUACCACACCUUUUGGACACUUUUUAAUUUUCUCCUUUUUCAAGUUACACCAUUGUUCUGUUACCACCGUUAUUUAUCUUGUUAAACCAUUCAACUAUACCACCAUUAUUCUCAAUAAAUCAUUUGGUCAGCAUGCUACACAUUGUUCCAAUAGCCACAUCAGCAUAACGGUUAGAAGGAAGCAAGGUGUUGGACUUUCGAACUGUUAUUCUACUGUAGAUAGAGGGACUGUAGAUACUACAGGGCCGUGAAGAAGUAUUUGCCCCGCUUUCUAAUGUUCUCUACUUUUACAUAUUUUUGAAUAUACUGAAUGUUAUUACAUUUUACAUUUUAGUCAUUUAGCAGACGCUCUUAUCCAGAGCGAUUUACAGGAGCAAUUAGGGUUAAGUGCCUUGCUCAAGGGCACAUCGACAGAUUUUUCACCUAGUCGGCUCAGGGAUUAGAACCAGCGACCUUUCGGUUACUGGCACAACGCUCUUACCCACUAAGCUACCUGCCGCCCUAUCAGAUCUUCAACCAAAAACCUAAUAUUAGAUAAAGGUAACCUAAGUGAACACAAAACACAACAAUUACACUUAUUUCAUUUAUUUCAUAAACAAAGUUAUGCAGCACCCAAUGUCCCUGUGUGAAAAAGUAAUUGCAUCCCCAACACAUCACACCACCACCACCAUGCUUGACCGUUGGUUUGAGGUUCUUACUGUGGAAUGCAGUGUUUGGUUUUCGCCAGACAUAAUGGGACCCAUCUCGUCCAAAAAGCUAUACUUUUGAAUCAUCUGUCCAUAGAACAUUCUUCCAACAGUCUUGAUGAUCAUCCAAGUGCAUCCAGGUGCUUUUUGGCAAACUUGAGUCAACUGUUUGGACGACAUGGGUCCCGUUAUGUCUGGCGAAAACCAAACACUGCAUUCCACAGUAAGCACCUCAUACCAACAGUCAAGCAUGAUGGGGGUAGUAGGAAGGUUUGGGGAUGCUUUGCUGCCUGAGGACCUGGACGACUUGCCUUAAUAGAAGGAGCCAUUAAUUCUGCUCUGUAUCAGAGAAUUCUACAGGAGAAUGUCAGACCAUCCGUAUGUGAGAUGAAGUGCAGCUGGGUCAUGCAGCAAGACAAUGAUCCAAAACACACAAUCAAGUCUACAUGAAAAUGGCUAAAAAGCAACACCUUUUGAAGUUUUGGAAUGGCCUAGUCAAAGUCCAGACCUAAUCCCAAUUGAGAUGUUGUGGUAGGACUUGAAACGAGCAGUUCAUGCUUGAAAACCCACAAAUAUUGCUGAGUUAAAGCAGUUCUGCGACGUGAGAGGCUGAUCAACAACUACAGGAAGCAUUUGGUUGCAGUCAUUGAAGCUAAAGGUGUCAUGAAGCAAGGUGUUGGAUAUUCUAACUUAUUCCACUGUAGAUAUUAGAAUGAAACACUUGAAUAAUGUUUGUUUAUGUAUGUAUUCCAGUGAAGGCAGUGUGAUAGCCUACUACCUGUCAGAGUUUCAAGUGCCAUCUGGUCAGGAGGCAGCGGUGGACAAGGCCAUGUCCUCCAUGGACAAGAUAGUGGAUAAGGAGCAGAGGACGUUCUCUCUCAACAAGCCUGGCAACGAUCUGGUGUUUGAUGAUGUCGUGAACUCUGCUCUGGACUCUAGAAUGUUCUCAACAUCCUUCAGUGGUGAGUUCUGCUCUUAUUCCAGCAGCACUUAUGAAUUAUACAUAAUCUGCUUGCACCUGAGCUUAUAUCAGUUAGAGUAGAGAAUUCCCUCUGAAUGUGACCAGUUACCACAGUAAAUGCUGUGAAAGUUUGGAAGGUGAAUUCUGUGAAUCAGACAUACAGUGGCUUGCGAAAGUAUUCCCCCCCCCCUUGGCAUUGUUGCCUUACAACCUGGAAUUAAAAUUGUUUUUUGGGGGGGGGUUUGUAUAACAUUUUACAUUUACGUCAUUUAGCAGACGCUCUUAUCCAGAGCAACUUACAAAUUGGUGCAUUCACCUUAUAGCCAGUGGGACAACCACUUUAUUUAUUUAUUUUUUCUAAAAUUAUAGUAUAUGUUUAUUUUUGUUAUUUUUUCUAUAAGAAUAUUUUUAUAUUUUUUUCCUUCUUUUUUUUGUGGGGGGGGGGGGAUAGAAUGAUUACUUUUAUCAUUUGAUUUACACAACAUGCCUACCACUUUGAAGAUGCAAAAUAUUUUUAUAUAUUUUUUUCUUGUGAAACAAACAAGAAAUAAGACAAAAAAACUGAACUUGAGCGUGCAUAACUAUUCACCCCCCCAAAGUCAAUACUUUGUAGAGCCACCUUUUGCAGCAAUUACAGCUGCAAGUCUCUUGGGGUAUGUCUCUAUAAGCUUGGCACAUCUAGCCACUGGGAUUUUUGCCUAUUCUUCAAGGCAAAACUGCUCCAGCUCCUUCAAGUUGGAUGGGUUCCGCUGGUGUACAGCAAUCUUUAAGUCAUACCACAGAUUCUCAAUUGGAUUGAGGUCUAGGCUUUAAAUAGGCCAUUCCAAGACAUUUAAAUGUUUCCCCUUAAACCACUCGAGUGUUGCUUUAGCAGUUUGCUUAGGGUCAUUGUCCUGCUGGAAGGUGAACUUCCGUCCCAGUCUCAAAACUCUGGAAGACUGAAACAGGUUUCCCUCAAGAAUUUCCCUGUAUUUAGCGCCAUCCAUCAUUCCUUCAAUUCUGACCAGUUUCCCAGUCCCUGCCGAUGGAAAAACAUCCCCACAGCAUGAUGCUGCCACCACCAUGCUUCACUGUGGGGAUGGUGUUCUCGGGUGAUGAGAGGUGUUGGGUUUGCACCAGACAUAGCGUUUUUCCUUGAUGGCCAAAAAGCUCAAUUUUACUCUCAUCUGACCAGAGUACCUUCUUCCAUAUGUUUGGCGAGUCUCCCACAUGCCUUUUGGCGAACACCAAACAUGUUUGCUUAUUUUUUUUUUUAAGCAAUGGCUUUUUUCUGGACACUCUUCUGUAAAUCCCAGCUCUGUGGAGUGUCCGGCUUAAAGUGGUCCUAUGGACAGAUACUCCAAUCUCCGCUGUGGAGCUUUGCAGCUCCUUCAGGGUUAUCUUUGGUCUCUUUGUUGCCUCUCUGAUGAAUGCCCUCCUUGCCUGGUCCGUGAGUUUUGGUGGGCAGCCCACUCUUGGCAGGUUUGUUGUGGUACCAUAUUCUUUCAAUUUUUUAAUAAUGGAUUUAAAAUGGUGCUCCGUGGGAUGUUCAAAGUUUCGGAUAUUUUUUUAUAACCCAACCCUGAUCUGUACUUCUCCACAACUUUGUCCUUGACCUGUUUGGAGAGCUCCUUGGUCUUCAUGGUGCCGCUUGCUUGGGGGUGCCCCUUGCUUAGUGGUUUUGCAGACUCUGGGGCCUUUCAGAACAGGUGUGUGUAUAUAUACUGAGAUCAUGUGACAGAUCAUUUGACACUUGGAUUGCACACAGGUGGACUUUAUUUAACUAAUUUUGUGACUUCUGAAGGUAAUUGGUUGCACCAGAUCUUAUUUAGGGGCUUCAUAGCAAAGGGGGUGAAUACAUAUGCACGCACCACUUUUCCGUUAUUUAUUUUGUAGAAUUAUUUGAAACAAGUUAUUUCUUUCAUUCCAUUUUAAAUUACAGAUCGUAAUGCAACAAAAUAGGAAAAAUGCCAAGGGGGAUGAAUACUUUUGCAAGGCACGGUAGAUGUUUAUUAUCCUAAAGUAUGUGGACACUAUUUCAAAUUAGUAGAUUCGGCUAUUUCAGCCACACCCGUUGCUGACAGGUGUAUAAAAUCGAAUACACAGCCAUGCAAUCUCCAUAGACAAACAUUGGCAGUAGAAUGGCCCAUACUGAAGAGCUCAGUGACUUUUAACAUGGCACCGUCAUAGGAUGCCACAUUUCCAACAAGUCAGUUCGUCAAAUUUCUACCAUGCUAGAGCUGCCCCGGUAAACUAUAAGUGAUGUUAUUGUGAAGUGGAAACGUCUAGGAGUACCAACGGCUCAGCCGUGAAGUGGUAGGCCACACAAGCUCACAGAACGGGACCGCCGUGGGCUGAAGCGUGUAAAAAUAGUCUGUCCUCAGUUGCAAAACUCACUACCGAGUUCCAAACUGCCUCUGGAAACAACGUCAGCACAAUAACUGUUCGUCGGGAGCUUCAUGAAGGAUUUCUAUGGCCGAGCAGCCAUAGCCUAAGUACGGGCCAAGCCUAAGAUCACCAUGCUCAAUGCCAAGCGUCGGCUGGAGUGGUGUAAAGCUCGCCGCCAUUGGACUCUGGAGCAGUGGAAACACGUUCUCUGGAGUGAUGAAUCACGCUUCACCAUCUGGCAGUCCGACGGACGAAUCUGGGUUUGGCGGAUGCCAGGAGAACGCUACCUGCCCUGAUGCAUAGUGCCAACUGUAAAGUUUGGUGGAGGAGGAAUAAUGGUCUGGGGCUGUUUUUCAUGGUUUGGGCUAGGCCCCUUAAUUCCAGUGAAGGGAAAUCUUAACGCUACAGCAUACAAUGACAUUCUAGAUUAUUCUGUGCUUCCACCUUUGUGGCAACAGUUUGGGAAGGCCCUUUUACUGUUUCAGCACGACAAUUCCCCCGUGUACAAAGCGAGGUCCACACAGAAAUGGUUUGACGAGAUCGGUGUGGAAGAACAUGACUGGCCUGCACAGAGCCCUGACCUCAACCCCAUCGAACACAUUUGGGAUGAAUUGGAACGCCGACUGCGAGCCAGGCCUAAUCGCCCAACAUCAGUGCACGGCCUCACUAGUGCUCUUAUGGCUGAAUGAAAGCAAGUCCCCGCAGCAAUGUUUCAACAUCUAGCGGAAAGCCUUCCCAGAAGAGUGGAGGCUGUUAUAGUAGCAAAGGGGGGACUCCAUAUUAAUGCCCAUGAUUUUGGAAUGAGAUGUUGUUUGAGCAGGUGUCCACAUACUUUUAGCCAUGUAGUGUACUUCCUCCUAGCAUGAGAAUGAGGACAUAUCUGAAAUGGCACCCUAUUCCCUAUGUAGAACCUUGUGCGGCUCUGGCCAGAAAUAGUGCACUAUAUAGGGACUAGGGUGCCAUUAGGACGUGUUCUGAGUGUCCAUGUCUCCUCAGAAUACUACAGGUACACAGAACACACCAGAGCAAAUCAGAUUGGAACAAUCGUGUCACCUGGUUUCCCCAAUGCUCCAUACCCGCCCAACACCUUCAUCCAAUGGCAGCUGAGAGCCGACCCUGGUCACGUGCUCAAACUGGACUUUGAUACCUUUAACCUAGAGGAGGACUGUCGUAACGACUUUGUUAAGGUCUACGACUCCCUGGUGGCCAUCGAGAGCUUUGCCAUGGAAGAGUGAGUCUGCUGUCUGUCUGCACUGUGGUUAGGGGACCUACUAUAACAGCCUGGUUAGGGGACCUAAUCUAUCAGCCUGGUUAAGGGACUUAAUCUAUCAGCCUGGUUAGGGGACCUAAUCUAACAGCCAUUGGUUAGGGGACCUACUAUAACAGCCUGGUUAGGGGACCUAAUCUAACAGCCUGGUUAGGGGACCUAAUCUAUCAGCCUUUGGUUAGGGGACCUAAUCUAACAGCCUGGUUAGGGGACCUAAUCUAUCAGCCUUUGGUUAGGGGACCUAAUCGAACAGCCUGGUUAGGGGACCUAAUCUAACAGCCUGGUUAGGGGACCUAAUCUAUCAGCCUUUGGUUAGGGGACCUAAUCUAUCAGCCUUUGGUUAGGGGACCUAAUCUAUCAGCCUUUGGGUUAGGGGACCUAAUCUAUCAGCCUUUGGUUAGGGGACCUAAUCUAUCAGCCUUUGGUUAGGGGGACCUAAUCUAUCAGCCUUUGGUUAGGGGACCUAAUCUAAUCAGCCUUUGGUUAGGGGGACCUAAUCUAUCAGCCUUUGGUUAGGGGACCUAAUCUAUCAGCCUUUGGUUAGGGGACCUAAUCUAUCAGCCUUUGGUUAGGGGACCUAAUCUAUCAGCCUUGGUUAGGGGACCUAACUAUCAGCCUUUGGUUAGGGGACCUAAUCUAUCAGCCUUUGGUUAGGGGACCUAAUCUAUCAGCCUUUGGUUAGGGGACCUAAUCUAUCAGCCUUUGGUUAGGGGACCUAAUCUAACAGCCUUUGGUUAGGGGACCUAAUCUAUCAGCCUUUGGUUAGGGGACCUAAUCUAUCAGCCUUUGGUUAGGGGACCUAAUCUAUCAGCCUUUGGUUAGGGGACCUAAUCUAUCAGCCUUUGGUUAGGGGACCUAAUCUAUCAGCCUUUGGUUAGGGGACCUAAUCUAUCAGCCUUUGGUUAGGGGACCUAAUCUAUCAGCCUUUGGUUAGGGGACCUAAUCUAUCAGCCUUUGGUUAGGGGACCUAAUCUAUCAGCCUUUGGUUAGGGGACCUAAUCUAUCAGCCUUUGGUUAGGGGACCUAAUCUAACAGCCUUUGGUUAGGGGACCUAAUCUAUCAGCCUUUGGUUAGGGGACCUAAUCUAACAGCCUUUGGUUAGGGGACCUAAUCUAACAGUCUGUCAUAAUGAUGAGCACUGAUAGAUGUGUAACUAGUCUGCAUUCUGUUGAAUGAAUUUUCGUCAGGAUUUGUGGCUACCACUCUCCCAGCUCCCCCCUGAUCUUCCAGUCCUCCCGGAACGUGAUGCUGGUAACCUUGGUUACUAACAACAAUAAGAACUACCCAGGACUCAGAGCCCACUUCUCUCAGGUCCCCCAGGGCAGCAAAGGUACAAUAACACUACUACUACUACUGCUACUACUACUACUAGAGUUUUUCCUGGUUAAGUCACAUGGUGAGGAAUCGUCUGGCCCUUCACAUACUGUUAUCAACAGUGAUACAUUAUCUACUAUUUAAAAAUGUUUGAUUUGUCUGUUGUGUUUUAAUGUGAUCAUCUCUGAUUUUUGUUUUUAGACCUGGCAUGUGGUGGUCAGCUGUCAGGAGAGACAGGGAAUUUCACAUCCCCAAACUUCCCCAACUACUAUGCGCCCAACACCUACUGUGAAUGGAAUAUAAAGGUGAGGAAGUGUUUAUACUGUACUGGGGUCACAACACAGUGAAGUGUUUAUACUGUACUGGGGUCACAACACAGUGAAGUGUUUAUACUGUACUGGGGUCACAACACAGUGAAGUGUUUAUACUGUACUGGGGUCACAACACAGUGAAGUGUUUAUACUGUACUGGGGUCACAACACAGUGAAGUGUUUAUACUGUACUGGGGUCACAACACAGUGAAGUGUUUAUACUGUACUGGGGUCACAACACAGUGAAGUGUUUAUACUGUACUGGGGUCACAACACAGUGAAGUGUUUAUACUGUACUGGGGUCACAACACAGUGAAGUGUUUAUACUGUACUGGGGUCACAACACAGUGAAGUGUUUAUACUGUACUGGGGUCACAACACAGUGAAGUGUUUAUACUGUACUGGGGUCACAACACAGUGAAGUGUUUAUACUGUACUGGGGUCACAACACAGUGAAGUGUUUAUACUGUACUGGGGUCACAACACAGUGAAGUGUUUAUACUGUACUGGGGUCACAACACAGUGAAACGUGGAACAACUUCAGAAGUGUUUUUUUUUUGAUUAUCAAAUAAAAUCAGUCAAUCAGAUAUUGAGGAUUUUAGAUAUUGGCUGAUAGAGGUUUUAUUGUAUCAGGCUAAGUGUGUGUAAUGUUUGACUGUGCUACUAUACCCCCCCCCCCCCCCCCCCCCCCCCCACCCUCAGGUCCCUGCUGGUAAGUCAGUGAAGGUCAAGUUCAGUACCUUCCUGUUAUCAGAGCUGGGUCAGGAGAACGCUAAGGACUGUAACAAGGACUAUGUAGAGAUCAACAAGAAGAGGUGAGAUAUUUGAGAAGAGCUUCACCCUUCAGUAUUAUCACCCAUUCACUGAACGUUUUUCAAGCCAGGGCAAUAGAGACUAAACAAGAUAUAUAUAUAUAUAUAUAUAUAUAUAUAUAUAUACACACACACACACACACACACACACACACACACACACACACACACACACACACACACACACACACACACACACACACACACACAAAGCAAAAAUUUUACUUCAUAAUGUUCAAGCUAGCUAUAUGUGAAUUGGAAUAAUCUAGCUAGCCAGCUAGUUUAACAGGCAAAAAACGACCUAAAAGUAAUGUUAUGCCAGGUACAGUACCACUAAGUGUUGUUGUUACAGCCUGAAUUUAAAAUGGAUUAAACUGAGAUUUUGUCAAUGGCCUACACACAAUACCCCAUAAUGUCAAAGUGGAAUUAUGAUUUAACAAAUGUUUACACAUUAAUUAAAAAUGGAAAGAACCAAUAAGUAUUCAACCCCUUUGUUAUGGCAAGCCUAAAUAAGUUCAGGAGUAAACAUGUACAUGACAAGUUGCAUGCACUCACUGUGUGUGUAAUAAUAGUGUUUAACAUGAUUUUUGAAUGACUACCUCAUCUCUGUACCCCACACCUACAAUUACCUGUAAUGUCCCUCAGUCGAGCAGUGAAUUUCAAACACAGAUUCAACCACAAAGUCCAGGGAGGUUUUCCAACGCCUCGCAAAGAAGGGCACCUAUUGGUAGAUGGGUAAAACAUUUAAAUUAAAUAAAAAGCAGACGCUGAAUAUCAUGGUGAAGUGAUUAGUUACACUUUGGAUGGUAUAUAGAGCGUCUGCUAAAUAAUGUAAAUGUAUAUCAAUACACCCAGUUACUACAAAGAUACAGGCGUCCUUCCUAACUCAGUUGCCAGAGAGGAAGGAAACUGCUCAGGGAUUUCACCCUGAGGCCAAUGGUGACUUUAAAACAGUUACAGAGUCUAAUGGCUGUGAUAGGAGAAAACUAAGGAGGGAUCAACAACAUUGUAGUUACUCCACAAUACUAACCUAAAUGAAAAGAAGGACGCUUGUACGUAAUAAAAAUAUUCCAAAACAUGCAUCCUGUUUGCAAUAAGGCCCUAAAGUAAAACUGCAACAAAAAAAAAAACUUUAUGUCCUGAAUACAAAGCGUUAUGUUUGGGGCAAAUCCAACACAACACAUCACUGAGUACCACUCUUCAUAUUUUUAAGUAUGGUGGUGGCUGCAUCAUGUUAUGGGUAUGCUUGUCAUCGGCAAGGACUAGGCAAUUUUUUUGGAUAACACAACAAAAUGUGGAAUAAGUCACGGGGUGUGAAUACUUUCUAAAGGCACUUGUAAAUGUCAAUUAUUUGUGGGUAGCUAGCUACUAAUUCUCCAAGGCUAGCUAGGUAGUUAUCCCUAUUGACUUACUACAGGGUUGCAAUCUAUGCGGGUGUUGUAGGCAGGAAAAAUGCCAUUGUUUUCAAUACAUUUUGCGUCGUUUUUUUACAUGGAUGCGUCAUAUUUCUGUGCAUACUUUCCAUUGAAGCUUGCAUCGAUGCAUGCUUCAAAAUAUGUGCAAACGGAGUACGCAUCCGAGAAGUACCCUCCGUGCUCAGUUUUGCAUACUUUGAUUUGGACUCAUGCUCCGACCCUCCCGUGCUCCAAUUUGUGUUCUCGGAGCACGGUAGUAUGCAUUUUGGGAACCACCCUUGGAAAGUAUUUGAACGAUUCAAAUACACUGACUUACAGUGCCUUGCAAAAGUAUUCAUCCCCCUUGGCGUUUUCCUAUUUUGUUGCAUUUCAACCUGUAAUUGAAAUUGAUUUUUAUUUGGAUUUCAUGUAACGGACAUACACAAAAUAGUCCAAAUUGGUUAAGUGAAAUGAAAUAAAUAAAUAACGGAAAGUGGUGCGUGCAUAUGUAUUCACCCCCUUUGCUAUGAAGCCCCUAAAUAAGAUCUGGUGCAACCAAUUACCUUCAGAAGUCGCAUAAUUAGUUAGAUUGCACACAGGUGGACUUUAUUUAAGUCUCCCGAGUGGUGCAGUUGUCUAAGGCACUGCAUCGCAGUGCUAGCUGUGCCACUAGAGAUCCUGGUUCGAAUCCAGGCUCUUUCGUAGCCGGCCGCGACCGGGAGACCCAUGGGGCGGCGCACAAUUGGCCCAGCGUCGUCCAGGGUAGGGGAGGGAAUGGCCAGCAGGGAUGUUUGUAGAGCAUGGCGUUUGCAACGCCAGGGUUGUGGGUUCGAUUCCCACGGGGGGCCAGUAUGAAGAAAAAAAAUAUAUAUAUGUAUAAAAUGUAUGCACUCACUAACUGUAAGUCGCUCUGGAUAAGAGCGUCUGCUAAAUGACUAAAAUGUAAAUGUAAAAAAAUGUUAUGAAAGGCCCCAGAGUCUGCAACACCACUAAGCAAGCGGCACCAUGAAGACCAAGGAGCUCUCCAAACAGGUCAGGGACAAAGGAAUGGCCUAGUCAAAGCCUAGACCUCAAUCCAAUUGAGAAUCUGUGGUAUGACUUAAAGAUUCUGUACACCAGCGGAACCCAUCCAGCUUGAAGGAGCUGGAGCAAUUUUGCCUUGAGGAAUGGGCAAAAAUCCCUGUGGCUAUAUGUGCCAAGCUUAUAGAGACAUACCCCGAGAGACUUGCAGCUGUAAUCGCUGCAGAAGGUGGCUCUACAAAGUAUUGACUUUGGGGGGGUGAAUAGUUAUGCACGCUCAAGUUUUCUGUUUUUUUGUCUUAUUUCUUGUUUGUUUCACAAGAGAAAAUAUUUUGCAUCUUCAAAGUGGUAGGCAUGUUGUGUAAAUCAAAUGAUACAAACCCCCCAAAAAUCAAUCUUUUAAUUCCAGGUUGUAAGGCAACAAAAUAGGAAAAAUGCCAAGGGGGGUGAAUAUUUUCGAAAAGCCACUGUAAAUACACUCCCAUGCGUUUUAACCCAGGUAUUUGAAAAUAGCAUUUGAAAUAAGUAUUUGAAAAUCCUCUUAAAUACAAUUUGGUCCACUAUUUGUAAUUUAUUUUAUAAAUAACAAUUUUAAAUAUUCAAAUGUUUUGAAAAAUAUUUAUAAAUACCAGAUACUGCUAUGAAGUGCUUCUGUCCACAUUGUGGCCUCCACAUGUCUUGUAGUUUGAAUGUAGUAUUAGAUUGACCUUAUUAUUGUCUGUAUCAGGUGUUAGGUUCUCAACAAACAAGAGUAAAAACUCAAACGACUAGAAAAAGCUCAAACCAAGUUUAUUCAGCCACUGGGUCACACGGCUGCAGAGAAAACAUACAAGUCACACAAGCACAUCUGGGCGUGGAAGAGUGUGUGUUUGUGAGAUGGUCUUCGGGGUGGGCCCCUGUGGUCAUCCCCAGUUGUCUCUUAAACUGUUGACCUUAUUUAGAGUUCCACAUCCCUCAUGGUCCUGGUUCCACAUCCCUCAUGGUCCUGGUUCCUCAGCAGCUGGUCUGCCUUCUCAAGAACUGAAACUAGACUGUUGCCCUUUGCCUCCCUCCUUAGGAACAUUCAUAUUCUACAAUUAAUAUAUUUGAAUAUGAACUUUCUGCACUUACCCUUUUCUCACUUAGUAACUUUCCACACACCAAGUUCCUUUUUACCCUUCCUUGACCCCCAACAUAUACAUUUCUUAUAUAUGUAAAGUGAUCACUAAGUUCUGGUAUGGUAACAUGAAUAAGUAUAUUUCAAGCUAGACUCCAACACGGGUAUUGUGGCGAGUUGACCUGUUGUUGUAAUGUGUCUAUCAGGUAUUGUGGAGAACUUCCAUCCAGUUCUGUAGUAACCAGUGACACAAACACCAUGACGGUAGUCUUCUACUCUGAUGCCUCCUAUGUAGACAGAGGAUUCAGCGCCAAGUACGAGACCUUCGAGUCCACAGACCGUAAGUAGAAAUCUUGAUUGUUCAUCAAAUCAUCUUAAGCAAGUGGCUCAUUGCACAAUACAAGACAAGCGAUGACCUGAGCAUUCACUGGUCCCUGGCCACUCAUAUUGGGGAGGGGAGCAUUCACUGGUCCCUGGCCACUCAUAUUGGGGAGGGGAGCAUUCACUGGUCCCUGGCCACUCAUAUUUGUAUUUGUAUUUCUUAAGGAUCCCCAUUAGUUCCUGCCAAGGCAGCAGCUACUCUUCCUGGGGUCCAGCAAAAUUUAAGGCAGUUAUCUAACAUUCUAAACAUUACAAUACAUUCAUUACAGAUUUCACAACACAUUGUGUGCCCUCAGGCCUCUACUCUACUACCACAUAUCUACAAUAAAAAAUCCAUGUGUACAUGUGUGUGUAUAGUGCAUAUGUUCUUGUGUGUUUGUCUCUUCACAGUCCCCGCUGUUCCGUAAGGUGUAGUCUUAUCAGUUUUUUAAAUCUACUUUUACUGCUGGCAUGAGUUACAUGAUGUGGAAUAGAGUUCCAUGUAGUCAUGGCUCUAUGUAGUACUGUGCGUCUCCCAUAGUCUGUUCUGGACUUGGGGACUGUGAAGAGACCUCUGGUGGCAUGUCUUGUGGGGUAUGCAUGGGUGUCUGAGCUGUGUGCCAGUAGUUCAAACAGACAGCUCGGUGCAUUCAACAUGUCAACACCUCUCACAAACACAAGCAGUGAUGAAGUCAAUCUCUCCUCUACUUUGAGCCAUGAGAGAUUGACAUGCAUAUUAUUAAUGUUAGCUCUCUAUGUACAUCUAAGGGCCAGCCGUGCUGCUCUGGGCCAAUUGUAAUUUUCCUAAGUCCCUCUUUGUGGUUGUGGCACCUGACCAUACGACUGAACAGUAGUCCAGGUGCGACAAAACUAGGGCCUGUAGGACCUGCCUUGUUGAUAGUGUUGUUAAGAAGGCAGAGCAGUGCUUUAUUAUGGACAGACUUCUCCCCAUCUUAGCUACUGUUGCAUCAAUAUUUUUUGACCAUGACAGUUUACAAUCCAGGGUUACUCCAAGCAGUUUAGUCACCUCAACUUGCUCAAUUUCCACAUUUAUUCAUUACAAGAUUUAGUUGAGGUUUAGGGUUUAGUGAAUGAUUUGUCCCAAAUAAAAUGCUUUUAGUUUUAGAAAUAUUUAGGACUAAUUUAUUCCUUGCCACCCAUUCUGAAACUAACUGCAGCUCUUUGUUAAGUGUUGCAGUCAUUUCAGUCGCUGUAAUAGCUGACGUGUAUAGUGUUGAGUCAUCCGCAUACAUAGACACACUGGCUUUACUCAGCGCCAGGUCAUUACUAAAGAUGGAAAAAAAGUAUGGGGCCUAGACAGCUGCCCUGGGGAAUGCCUGACUCUACCUGGAUUAUGUUGGACAGGUCUUCCAUUAAAGAACACCCUCUGUGUUCUGUUAGACAAGUAACUCUUCAUCCACAAUAUAGCAGGGGGUGAAAAGCCAUAACGCAUACGUUUUUCCAGCAGCAGACUAUGAUCAAUAAUGUCAAAAGCUGCACUGAAGUCUAACAAAACAGCUCCCACAAUCUUUUUAUUAUCAAUUUCUCUCAGCCAAUCAUCAGUCAUUUGUGUAAGUGCUGUACUGUUGUUAAUUUAUUUACUGUGAAAUAGCAUUGUAUCUGGUCAAACCCAAUUUCUUUCCUAAAGUUUACUAAGGGUUGGUAACAGGCUGAUUAGUCGGCUGUUUGAGCCAGUAAAGGGGGCUUUACUAUUCUUAGGUAGCGGAAUGACUUUGCUUCCUCCAGGCUUGAGGGCACACACUUUCCAGUAGGCUUAAAUUGAAGAUAUGGCAAAUAGGGGUGGGAAUAUCGUCCGCUAUUAUCCUCAGUAAUUUUCCAAGCCUGUGGUGCGCGUCGUCAGUCCGGCACAGCCCGUGCCUGUUCCACCGGUGCCUGGUCCGGCACCGGUCAGCUGCUCCACUCCGGAGCUAGAGCAAUCCGCUCCACCAGUGUUCAGUCCAGCUCCGGCCAGCAGGGCCAGACCGGACCAGGGGCGCUUUGGUGGGUUGGUUGGAGGGUGGGGGUCAAGCCCGGAGCCGGAACCGCCUCCGAGGAGGAAUGCCCACCCGGCCCUCCCCUGUUAAGUUUAUGUUUGGCGCGGUCGCAGUCCGCGCCUUUGGGGGGGGUACUGUCACGCCCUGGCUCUGGGACUGUGUUAUGUUGAGCCAGGGUGUGUUGUUUCUUUGUGUUUUGUGUUUUGUGUGCUAGUCUAGUUUUGUAUUUCUAUGUUGGCCAGGGUGGCUCCCAAUCAGAGACGGCUGUAGCUCGUUAUCUCUGAUUGGGAGCCAUACUUAGGUAGCCGUUUGGCAUUCAUUUGGUGUGGUUUCUUGUUCCGUGUUGGUUUGUGUAUGUAACCAAGGACGUCACGUUAUCGUUUUGUUCGUGUGAUCAUUAUUUAAUAAAUAUGUUCGCAUUCCACGCUGCGCCUUGGUCCUCCUCCUUCGACGAUCGUAACAAUAUGGAAUUAUCAUAAUUUGGUCAGUUAUGCAUGGAUGUGUAGGUUCAGAAUUUGUUGUUGGCAUGUCAUGCCUAAAUUUGCUAAUCUUGCCAAUGAAAAAAUAAUUAAAGUAGUUGGCAAUAUCAGUGGGUUUUGUGAUGAAUCAUUCAAUUAAUGGAGCCGAGUUUGCCUUGUUGCCCAAAAUGUCAUUUAAGGUGCUCCAAAGCUUUUUACUAUCAUUCUUCAUAUCAUUUAUCUUUGUUCCAUAGUACAGUAUUGGGGAGGUGUUAAUGAACGGAGAAUUCACUGGUCCCUGGCCACUCAUAUUGGGGAGGGGAGCAUUCACUGGUUCCUGGCCACUCAUAUUGGGGAGGGGAGCAUUCACUGGUUCCUGGCCACUCAUAUUGGGGAGGGGAGCAUUCACUGGUUCCUGGCCACUCAUAUUGGGGAGGGGAGCAUUCACUGUUUUCCUUUAGCUGACCCCUCCCACUGUCCCUCCUCUAUUUUCAUCCCCAGCCUGUCCUGACAAGUUCCAGUGCAAUAACCAGCGUUGUAUCAAAACACAGCUGAAGUGUGAUGGCUGGAACGACUGUGGAGAUAUGAGCGACGAGAUGAACUGCAGUGAGUACUAACAAACUCAUUGAUUUUUGUCUGCAGAAAACGUUUUAAUGGAUAUUAGAUGGAUUAAUACUAAAGAUUGAUCAUUGUUUACCAAAUGUAACCAAGGUGUGUGUGUGUGUGUGUGUGUGUGUGUAGAGUGUGAUGCCACUCAGAUCCACUGUAAGAACGGCCUGUGUAAACCCAAGUUCUGGGAGUGUGAUGGCGUGAACGACUGUGGAGAUGACACUGAUGAACUGAACUGUGGUAUGUUUCACGGUCCUGUAGUCUGAAGCCUCAGGCCUGUCCACAGAUGGAACAGAAGUCACUCACUCUCAUCCUGUUUCCAGUUGAUUCAUGUGUACACACAUUAAGUUACAUUCAGGAGCAGUGUACCAAAAGUAAAGUUGUGAUUGGAGGAUAUUUCCAGCAUACUGUGUUAUUAUAUCAUGUCUCCUCUUCUGGUUGUUCUGUUCUCCUCAGGGGCCUGUAAGGCGGGGGAGCUGACAUGUCGCAACGGAAAGUGUAUUUCGGAGAAGAAGCGCUGUGACGGGAAUGAUGACUGUGGAGAUGGGUCAGACGAGAGCGACUGUGGACGAAGUGAGUAGACAUUUCUCUCGAUCAGUUCAAUCAAUCAAGUACAUUUUAUUUAUACAGACGUUUUUACAGGUGGAUGUAGCCUGAAAUCCAAACGGAUAAGUUGGUUCACCAUUGUUUCAGAGAGCAUAUCAGUUCUCUGUAUUUAAUUUAAUAGGAUUGGUAGAACUGCAUUGUUGAGGAAGAGCUAGUAAGCGUUUCACUGUACUGUUUACACCUGCUGUAUCCUGUGGACGUGACGAAUAAACACACAUUUUAAUUUGUAUUUGGGUUCCACACUAACUCUAAUGGCCUGUCUUAGUAUUUGCGGAUGGAUCGUUCAUGUGGUUCUGGCUCCACCUCUACGUUCAUGUGGUUCUUCUCCUCUCCCCAGUUAUGGAUAAUGUGCAGUGUUCUGGCUCCACCUCUACGUUCAUGUGGUUCUUCUCCUCUCCCCAGUUAUGGAUAAUGUGCAGUGUUCUGGCUCCACCUCUACGUUCAUGUGGUUCUUCUCCUCUCCCCAGUUAUGAAUAAUGUGCAGUGUUCUGACUCCACCUCUACGUUCAUGUGGUUCUUCUCCUCUCCCCAGUUAUGGAUAAUGUGCAGUGUUCUGACUCCACCUCUACGUUCAUGUGGUUCUUCUCCUCUCCCCAGUUAUGGAUAAUGUGCAGUGUUCUGGCUCCACCUCUACGUUCAUGUGGUUCUUCUCCUCUCCCCAGUUAUGGAUAAUGUGCAGUGUUCUGGCUCCACCUCUACGUUCAUGUGGUUCUUCUCCUCUCCCCAGUUAUGGAUAAUGUGCAGUGUUCUGGCUCCACCUCUACGUUCAUGUGGUUCUUCUCCUCUCCCCAGUUAUGGAUAAUGUGCAGUGUUCUGACUCCACCUAUAAGUGUGAGAACAACAAGUGUAUCAACAAGGAGAACCCUGAGUGUGAUGGAACACCUGACUGUGAGGACAAAUCAGAUGAGGCCAACUGUGGUAAGACACUCCCUCUGUCCCCGAAUCAACACGCCAUGGUUCACACCACUCCCCUCACAACACGCCAUGGUUCACACCACUCCCCUCACAACACGCCAUGGUUCACACCACUCCCCCCACAACACACCAUGGUUCACACCACUCCCCUCACAACACGCCAUGGUUCACACUACUCUCCUCACAACACGCCAUGGUUCACACCACUCCCCCCACAACACACCAUGGUUCACACCACUCCCCUCACAACACGCCGUGGUUCACACCACUCCCCUCACAACACGCCAUGGUUCACACCACUCCCCUCACAACACGCCAUGGUUCACACCACUCCCCUCACAACACGCCAUGGUUCACACCACUCCCCUCACAACACGCCAUGGUUCACACCACUCCCCUCACAACACGCCAUGGUUCACACCACUCCCCUCACAACACGCCAUGGUUCACACCACUCCCCUCACAACACGCCAUGGUUCACACCACUCCCCUCACAACACGCCAUGGUUCACACCACUCCCCUCACAACACGCCAUGGUUCACACCACUCCCCUCACAACACGCCAUGGUUCACACCACUCUCCUCACAACACGCCAUGGUUCACACCACUCUCCUCACAACACGCCAUGGUUCACACCACUCUCCUCACAACACGCCAUGGUUCACACCACUCCCCCCACAACACGCCAUGGUUCACACCACUCCCCUCACAACACGCCAUGGUUCACACCACUCCCCCCACAACACGCCAUGGUUCACACCACUCCCCUCACAACACGCCAUGGUUCACACCACUCCCCUCACAACACGCCAUGGUUCACACCACUCCCCUCACAACACGCCAUGGUUCACACCACUCCCCUCACAACACGCCAUGGUUCACACCACUCCCCUCACAACACGCCAUGGUUCACACCACUCCCCCCACAACACGCCAUGGUUCACACCACUCCCCCCACAACACGCCAUGGUUCACACCACUCCCCUCACAACACGCCGUGGUUCACACCACUCCCCUCACAACACGCCAUGGUUCACACCACUCCCCUCACAACACGCCAUGGUUCACACCACUCCCCUCACAACACGCCGUGGUUCACACCUCUCCCCUCACAACACGCCGUGGUUCACACCACUCCCCUCACAACACGCCAUGGUUCACACCAAAUGAGCCGUAACUGUUAAUUACAGAUUUAUAAACGAUCUAUAAACAUAGUUUUACUACUUAUAAACCCCUUUCUAAAUAUCUGAAUGUAAAAUGUUAGUGUGAUUGACUACUGCAUUGGUCUCAGUGUAGCAGCCUGCUGUUGACUAAAUGCUGAUUGUGUUGUUUCAGAUUGUGGGCGGAGUCUGUUUAAGACGAGCCGUAUCGUGGGUGGUCAGGACGCAGAGGAGGGGGAGUUCCCGUGGCAGGUCAGCCUCCACAUUAAGAACGCCGGUCACGUCUGUGGUGCAUCCAUCAUCAGCCAGCGCUGGCUGGUUACUGCUGCCCACUGCGUCCAGGAUGACGCCAAGACCAGGUACCUGUGGAGGAUUCUCCCUGUGUGUGUGUGUCCAGCUGGGUACAUGGAGGUCUAUAUGGGUUAGUGUGUGUGUGCAUGCCAUCCUAACCUGUGUAUCUCUAGGUAUUCCCAGCCGGGUGUAUGGGAGGCAUACCUAGGCCAGCCAUCCUAACCUGUGUAUCUCUAGGUAUUCCCAGCCGGGUGUAUGGGAGGCAUACCUAGGCCAGCCAUCCUAACCUGUGUAUCUCUAGGUAUUCCCAGCCGGGUGUAUGGGAGGCAUACCUAGGCCAGCCAUCCUAACCUGUGUAUCUCUCUAGGUAUUCCCAGCCGGGUGUAUGGGAGGCAUACCUAGGCCAGCCAUCCUAACCUGUGUAUCUCUAGGUAUUCCCAGCCGGGUGUAUGGGAGGCAUACCUAGGCCAGCCAUCCUAACCUGUGUAUCUCUAGGUAUUCCCAGCCGGGUGUAUGGGAGGCAUACCUAGGCCAGCCAUCCUAACCUGUGUAUCUCUAGGUAUUCCCAGCCGGGUGUAUGGGAGGCAUACCUAGGCCAGCCAUCCUAACCUGUGUAUCUCUCUAGGUAUUCCCAGCCGGGUGUAUGGGAGGCAUACCUAGGCCAGCCAUCCUAACCUGUGUAUCUCUAGGUAUUCCCAGCCGGGUGUAUGGGAGGCAUACCUAGGCCAGCCAUCCUAACCUGUGUAUCUCUCUAGGUAUUCCCAGCCGGGUGUAUGGGAGGCAUACCUAGGCCAGCCAUCCUAACCUGUGUUUCUCUCUAGGUAUUCCCAGCCGGGUGUAUGGGAGGCAUACCUAGGCCAGCCAUCCUAACCUGUGUAUCUCUAGGUAUUCCCAGCCGGGUGUAUGGGAGGCAUACCUAGGCCAGCCAUCCUAACCUGUGUAUCUCUCUAGGUAUUCCCAGCCGGGUGUAUGGGAGGCAUACCUAGGCCAGCCAUCCUAACCUGUGUUUCUCUCUAGGUAUUCCCAGCCGGGUGUAUGGGAGGCAUACCUAGGCCAGCCAUCCUAACCUGUGUAUCUCUAGGUAUUCCCAGCCGGGUGUAUGGGAGGCAUACCUAGGCCAGCCAUCCUAACCUGUGUAUCUCUAGGUAUUCCCAGCCGGGUGUAUGGGAGGCAUACCUAGGCCAGCCAUCCUAACCUGUGUAUCUCUCUAGGUAUUCCCAGCCGGGUGUAUGGGAGGCAUACCUAGGCCAGCCAUCCUAACCUGUGUUUCUCUCUAGGUAUUCCCAGCCGGGUGUAUGGGAGGCAUACCUAGGCCAGCCAUCCUAACCUGUGUAUCUCUAGGUAUUCCCAGCCGGGUGUAUGGGAGGCAUACCUAGGCCAGCCAUCCUAACCUGUGUAUCUCUCUAGGUAUUCCCAGCCGGGUGUAUGGGAGGCAUACCUAGGCCAGCCAUCCUAACCUGUGUUUCUCUCUAGGUAUUCCCAGCCGGGUGUAUGGGAGGCAUACCUAGGCCAGCCAUCCUAACCUGUGUAUCUCUCUAGGUAUUCCCAGCCGGGUGUAUGGGAGGCAUACCUAGGCCUUCACAUCCAGAAGCAGAACACUAAGAACGUUCAGAAGAGGAACCUACGUCAGGUGAUCCCCCACCCCUACUACAACGCCUACACCUUCGACAACGACGUGGCUCUGAUGGAGCUCGACAGCCCUGUGACGUUCUCUGAAUACAUCAGACCCAUCUGUCUGCCCUCGCCCCAACACACCUUCCCCCCGGGCAACUCUGUCUGGAUCACGGGUUGGGGCGCCACACGAGAGGGAGGUGAGUCAGAAUGGGGGUGGUCUCUGCCUUCAUAUACAGCAUUAGUUACUAUGUACUGCAUAAUAUUUUAGUUUAUUGCUGUGUAGCUAUAAUUAUUUAAUAGCAAUGUUAUAGUAUGUUUUGAAUUAGCUUUCUGCUACAUAUGAAUACAAACAUGUUGCAUGAAGAUGUUCCCAAACAGUUAGAGAUUGAUAAUAUGCUCCCACUCCCUGAUAAUAUGCUCCCACUUCCUGAUAAUAUGCUCCCACUUCCUGAUAAUAUGCUCCCACUUCCUGAUAUGCUCCCACUUCCUGAUAAUAUGCUCCCACUUCCUGAUAAUAUGCUCCCACUUCCUGAUAAUAUGCUCCCACUCCCUGAUAAUAUGCUCCCACUUCCUGAUAAUAUGCCCCCACUCCCUGAUAAUAUGCUCCCACUCCCUGAUAAUAUGCUCCCACUUCCUGAUAAUAUGCUCCCACUUCCUGAUAAUAUGCUCCCACUCCCUGAUAAUAUGCUCCCACUUCCUGAUAAUAUGCCCCCACUCCCUGAUAAUAUGCUCCCACUUCCUGAUAAUAUGCUCCCCACUCCCUGAUAAUAUGCUCCCACUCCUGAUAAUAUGCUCCCACUCCCUGAUAAUAUGCUCCCACUCCUGAUAAUAUGCUCCCACUCCCUGAUAAUAUGCUCCCACUCCCUGAUAAUAUGCUCCCACUCCCUGAUAAUAUGCUCCCACUCCCUGAUAAUAUGCUCCCACUCCCUGAUAAUAUGCUCCCACUCCCUGAUAAUAUGCUCCCACUCCCUGAUAAUAUGCUCCCACUCCCUGAUAAUAUGCUCCCACUCCCUGAUAAUAUGCUCCCACUCCCUGAUAAUAUGCUCCCACUCCCUGAUAAUAUGCUCCCACUCCCUGAUAAUAUGCUCCCACUUCCUGAUAAUAUGCUCCCACUCCCUGAUAAUAUGCUCACACUCCCUGAUAAUAUGCUCCCACUUCCUGAUAAUAUGCCCCCACUCCCUGAUAAUAUGCUCCCACUCCCUGAUAAUAUGCUCCCACUCCCUGAUAAUAUGCUCCCACUCCCUGAUAAUUGUCAUAAAUGCUGUAGGUGGGUGUAGUGGUGGAAUCAAGCGCAGGACACCGAAGUAUAGUCCAAAAGACUUUAGUGGAAUAUCCAACAAGGAAAACAGAACAAACUUGCCCAAAGGCGAAACUACGCACGUAGGCGACAAACAAAAGGCGCACUACACAGGUGCGUAAAACGCUCCAACACAGUGGAGUAAAGCUCAACCGAGCAAAAUAAGGAAAUCGACACGCAAACAUACGACAGGAACAAUCACACACAAACACAGACACACCCAACGAGACUUAAAUAGAACACAAAUGAGGACUAACUAGACACAGGUGUACAACAUCAAGACCAAACCAAACGAACAUGAAACAUAGAUCGGUGGCAGCUAGUACUCCGGGGACGACGACCGCCGAUGCCUGCCCGAACCAGGAGGAGGAGCAGCCUCGGCCGAAACCGUGACAAUAAUAUGCUCCCACUCCCUGAUAAUAUGCUCCCACUCCCUGAUAAUAUGCUCCCACUCCCUGAUAAUAUGCUCCCACUUCCUGAUAAUAUGCUCCCACUUCCUGAUAAUAUGCCCCCACUUCCUGAUAAUAUGCUCCCACUCCCUGAUAAUAUGCUCCCACUUCCUGAUAAUAUGCUCCCACUCCCUGAUAAUAUGCUCCCACUCCCUGAUAAUAUGCUCCCACUUCCUGAUAUGCUCCCACUUCCUGAUAAUAUGCUCCCACUCCCUGAUAAUAUGCUCCCACUUCCUGAUAAUAUGCUCCCACUUCCUGAUAAUAUGCCCCCACUUCCUGCAUCAUGAUAAUAACUACUGCAUGUGUCUGUAUGUUAGGUUCUGGUGCAUCCAUCCUGCAGAAGGCCCAGGUCCGUAUCAUCAACAGUACGGUGUGUAACCGUCUGAUGGGAGGGCAGAUCACCUCCAGGAUGAUGUGUGCUGGAGUGCUGACUGGAGGAGUGGACGCAUGCCAGGUACCUUACUUUGACCUAACUCUCUAUCCCGAUGAACCAGGCCAUACUGUAGGGCUGCCACACAGGGCUCUGGUCAAAAGGAGUGCUGAGUAGGAUGAGAUAUAGCCAUACACUAACACUGUCUCUCUCUGUCUCUCCCUCUGUCUCUCCCUCUGUCUCUCCCUCUGUCUCUCUGUCUCUCUCUCUCUGUCUCUCUCUCUCUCUCUGUCUCCCUCUCCCUCUGUCUCUCUGUCUCUCUCUCUCUGUCUCUCUCUCUCUGUCUCUCUCUCUCUGUCUCUCUCUAUGUCUCCCUCUGUCUCUCCCUCUGUCUCUCCCUCUCUGUCUCUCUCUCUCUGUCUCUCUGUCUCAGGGGGAUUCUGGCGGUCCUCUGUCCAGUCCUGGUGGUAGUCAUAUGUUCCUGGCUGGAGUGGUGAGUUGGGGCGACGGCUGUGCCCGUAGGGACAAGCCUGGAAUCUAUACCACUGUCACCAAGUUCAGGGGCUGGAUCAAGGAGAAGACCGGCGUGUAACAGGAAACGGGAAACCAUUAGGAACGAUGAGGACGUCCGACGACGAACACACCAGUACUGUACAGAUUACCGGUUGGCCAAGACUCACCCGCUACCCACUUCCAUUCUCUAAGAGUGAUGAACUAUUUUAGAAGUUUUGAUCUCAGGCCUCAAAAUGCACUCCCUUUCAUAUCGAUGGACUGUGGACCAUUGGUUGGUUUUCUCUGUUGAAAGGCAUCGCCUUAAUGUCUAAAUGUGUAUUUUAAUGACGGGUGUCUGAAUGUCUAAAUGUGUCUUUUUAAUGAGGUGGGAUAGGUGGUUUGGGGAAAGUGUUUUAAGAAUUGUAAAUAAUGUCUAAUUAAUUGUGUGCGUCUUUUUAUAUAUAUUUGUUUUGCAAUCGGUCGUUUGGAUUGGAUGCACAUUUGCUUAAGUACGAUUUAGGACAUUUUAGGAAAGAACUAUAGAACACUGUUACAUAUAAGGAGACAAUGUCCUGUUGCUUGUUUUGUCAUUGUAUUUCAAUAAUUUGCCCAUAGUUUAUUUUCUCUUACAUAUUUUAGAACAGUGGCUUAAAUGUGAAUUCAGUCUCUCUUUUACUUGUUGUCCUUGUACUCAUGGGGGUGCAUCCCAAAUAGCACCCUAUUCCCUAUGAAGUACACUACUUUUGACCAGGGUCCAAUAGGGCUCUGUUUAAAGGUAUUCCACUAUGUAGGGAAGAGGGUGCUAUUUGGGAUCCAGACAGUGACCCCCACCUCCUAUGAUUUGGUAUUUGACACAAUCGUUUGUUGAAAUACCAGGCAGUCCUGACGUGACAUGAUGAUGACUAAUGUGCCUUUUUUAAAGUGUGAUACUUUUGUAUUUCUCAUCAGGGAUUUUAUUUCAUUUUGAUCCGACGUAAACACUUUUAUUACAGAAUAAAGCUCCAUUAGAGUUUAUAAAACCCAUGUCUUUAGUUUAGCAUAUACAUGGAUUGAUUUCACAACAACUUUGAGGACAUAGAAAUGAUCCAAUUUAGCUUAGAAAUAAAACAUUAUUAAGCUUUUAUCAAAUCAACCACUUACUGUAAUUGUUUUAUACAUGUAAGUGUUUGAAAAUAAAUAUGAACAAUUAGUCUUUCAUGGCUUUUCUCAGUAGAUGUUAUAUUCUGAUUACCCAGCACAGCAUUUGACGUCCCUGAAAACACACCAGUUGACACUAGAGCCCCGUCCAUCUUCACUCCUCCUUCACUCCUCCUUCACUCCUCCUUCACUCCUCCUUCACUCCAUCUUCACUCCUCCUUCUGCAGAUACACUUCCACUCUCUGGUUCUCUACUGCUGUAAACCUGCAGGUCCUGUAAGAUACUAGCCUGUGGGAAUGAAUGCACAAACACAGGCUUGUUUUUAGUCUUGUGCUACCAGACGUCACACAGACAACUGGGGUCGUAGGCUUUUUUAGUGUUCUUUUAGCAAUUUCAAUUUUAGUCGAAUGAAUUCAGAUUUGAAGGAGAGUUGAAUACAAAAUGAAUCCAGAAACUCAUCAGUGUUGUGUCGAUGUAGUGAUGCUAUUUACCCCUGGUGUCUGGGUAGUUGUGCAAGUAUCAGAUGACUGAUCCGAAUGCUUCUCUUCCUCCAGGCCAAGUACAGGAGACGUUGAGAGUAGAAGUGAAGUGACAUGGUUCUGAACGCCGUAACAGGGUGGUCUAUGGAAACCAUGAACUGGUACAUCUGAUGGGGCUCAAACUGCACCAGGGAAGGACUAGACACAAUUGUCAACGGCACGUUAAGAGUUGGCAAGAAGAUUCAUCAGAUAAAGACAUUGGCUACAUCCCAAAUGGCACCCUGUUCCCUAUAUAGUGCACAACAUUAGGGCCCUAUGGGGAGUAUAUAGUGCACCGUAUAGGGUCCCGUUUUGAGAUGCACCCAUUAACAACUGAAGAACCAGAUGACAGUCUCUCACCCGGACACCAACAUGACGGGUGUUUUCCUGACGUGUCCCUUCAGCUGAAUGAAUAGCUGGGCUCCUAAUGAGACGUUCCCCUCCAGGUGCACCUCCAACAGGAACGGCGUCACUAGAAGGGACAUAAAAGCAGGUUAACCAAACUGUUCUCGCAGUUGUUCAAGCGACUGUAACUGUGUGACACUGUCAGUGUGUGUGUGUGUGUGUGUCCUGAGUUCCUGACCACAGAAAGGGUCCGUUGCUGUGAUGUCCAGGACAGCGGUCAGGGGCUGGAAGGUGAUUGGUCGAUCCGGAGGCAGCCAGCUGAUGUCGUAGCCUAUAGGAGAGAAUAACCAAUAGCUGACGGUAUCUUGAUGAUGAAACAUCCCUCAUUGAUAUUGCCCAUCAUCAACUCCAGUUUCUGCAUGUGUGAAAGACUCCUCUUUGUUCAGAGAGAAAAUGUGUCGGAGAGCUAUACAGUCUACAUUAUCUUGUAUUUUACCCAGCCGGGGGCAGGUGUUGAGGCAGGGCAGUGUGUAUUUUACCCAGCUGGGGGCAGGUGUUGAGGCAGGGCAGUGUGUAUUUUACCCAGCCGGGGGCAGGUGUUGAGGCAGGGCAGUGUGUAUUUUACCCAGCUGGGGGCAGGUGUUGAGGCAGGGCAGUGUGUAUUUUACCCAGCUGGGGGCAGGUGUUGAGGCAGGGCAGUGUGUAUUUACCCAGCUGGGGGCAGGUGUUGAGGCAGGGUGGUUUACAGCUGGGGCAGGGUUUGGCAGGAGGUGCUUUUACCCAGCGGGGGCGUGUUGAGAGGGCAGGAUGUGUAUUGUAAACCCAGCCGGGGCAGGUGUGUGAUGCCAGGCAAGUUAAUUUUACCCAAACUGGGCAGGUUGAGGCCAGGGCAGGGUUAUUUUAUCCCAGCUGGAGGUGUUGAGGCAGGGUGAGUUUAUUUUACCCAGCGGGCAGGUUUGAUCCGGGCAGUAUGAUUUUUCCACUGGGAGGUGUUGAGGCCAAGGGCUGUGUAUUUUACACUGGGCAGGUUUGAGCAAGGGCAGUUGUUUUUUCCACGGAGUGUUGAGGCAGAGGCAGUGUGUAUUUUACAGCCGGGGUCAGGUGUUAUGCCAGGGCAUAGUAUUUUAACCAUCUGGGGCAGUUGGCCAGGCAGUGUGAUUACCCAGCUGGGGCAGGUGUUGAGCAGGGCAGGUGUUUAUUACCACCGUGGGCAGGUGUUGAUGCCAGGGCAGUGUGUAUUUUACCCAGCUGGGGCAGGUGUUGAGGCAGGGCAGUGUGUAUUUUACCCAGCUGGGGGCAGGUGUUGAGGCAGGGCAGUGUGUAUUUUACCCAGCCGGGGGCAGGUGUUGAGGCAGGGCAGUGUGUAUUUUACCCAGCCGGGGGCAGGUGUUGAGGCAGGGCAGUGUGUAUUUUACCCAGCUGGGGGCAGGUGUUGAGGCAGGGCAGUGUGUAUUUUACCCAGCUGGGGGCAGGUGUUGAUGCCAGGGCAGUGUGUAUUUUACCCAGCUGGGGGCAGGUGUUGAGGCAGGGCAGUGUGUAUUUUACCCAGCCGGGGGCAGGUGUUGAGGCCAGGGUGGUGACAGCGGGUACAGAGAGCUCUCUGGAAGUCCUCCACUCCCUGACAGGGGAAGGCUGUGAGAGGGCAGGAGGAUCGGAUGGAGCUGGUGAACAACCUGUAGGCCCGGUGGUGACUGCACAGCAAGUAAUCCUCCCCUGUAACGCACACACACCAACACGCAGGUUGACCUUUAUUCAGGUUGACCUUUAUUCAGGUUGACCUUUAUUCAGGUUGACCUUUAUUCAGGUUGACCUUUAUUCAGGUUGACCUUUAUUCAGGUUGAUCUUUAUUCAGGUUGACCUUCAUUCAGCUGAAUCUUGUCCUGGAUGCAGAACUGAGCCAUUUCCACUAGAUGUGCUAGCUGCAAAGUCCAAAAUUGCUAUAUAUCUUACAAAUUCAUGAAAAACAAAACAUUUGCUUUUUGAUCUUAAUUUAAGGUUAAGGUUAGGCAUAAUGUUAGCAGUGUGGUUAGGGUUAAAAAUCCGAUUUUAUGACUUUGUGGCUGUGCCAGCUAGUGAUGACCCUGUAGAGCUGCCUCAAAUAUACAGUUGAAGUCGGAAGUUUACGUACACCUUAGCCAAAUAUAUUUAAACUCAGUUUUUCACAAUUUCUGACAUUUAUUCCUAGUAAAACUUCCCUGUCUUAGGUCAGUUAGGAUCACAACUUUAUUUUAAGAAUGUGAAAUGUCAGAAUAAUAGUAGAGAGUGAUUUAUUUCAGCUUUUAUUUCUUUCAUCACAUUCCCAGUGGGUCAGAAGUUUACAUACACUGAAUUAGUAUUUGGUAGCAUUGGCUUUAAAUUGUUUAACUUGGGUCAAACGUUUCGGGUAGCCUUCCACAAGCUUCCCACAAUAAGUUGGGUGAAUUUUGGCCAAUUCCUCCUGACAGAGCUGGUGUAACUGAGUCAGGUUUGUAGGCCUCCUUGCUCUCACACGCUUUUUCAGUUCUGCCCACAAAUGUUCUAUAGGAUUGAGGUCAGGGCUUUGUGAUGGCCACUCCAAUACCUUGACAUUGUUGUCCUUAAGCCAUUUUGCCACAACUUUGGAAGUAUGCUUGGGGUCAUUGUCCAUUUGGAAGACCCAUUUGCGACCAAGCUUUAACUUCCUGACUGAAGUCUUGAGAUGUUGCUUCAAUAUAUCCACAUAAUUUUCCUUCCUCAUGAUGCCAUCUAUUUUGUGAAGUGCACCAGUCCCUCCUGCAGCAAAACACACCCACAGCAUGAUGCUGCCACCCCCGUGCUUCACGGUUGGGAUGGUUUUCUUCGGUUCGCAAGCGUCCCCCUUUUUCCUCCAAACAUAACGAUGGUCAUUAUGGCCAAACAGUUCUAUUUUUGUUUCAUCAGACCAGAGGACAUUUCUCCAAAAAGUACAAUCUUUGUCCCCAUGUACAGUUGCAAACCGUAAUCUGGCUUUUUUAUGGCGGUUUUGGAGCAGUGGCUUCUUCCUUGCUGAGCAGCAUUUCAGGUUAUGUCAAUAUAGGACACGUUUUACUGUGGAUAUAGAUACUUUUGUACCUGUUUCCUCCAGCAUCUUCAAAAGGUCCUUUGCUGUUGUUCUGGGAUUGAUUUGCACUUUUCGCACCAAAGUACGUUCAUCUCUAGGAGACAGAACGCGUCUCCUUCCUGAGCGGUAUGACGGCUGCGUGGUCCCAUGGUGUUUAUACUUGCGUACUAUUAUUUGUACAGAUGAACGUGAUACCUUCAGGUGUUUGGAAAUUGCUCCCAAGGAUGAACCAGACUUGUGGAGAUCUACAAAAAUUUUUUCUGAGGUCUUGGCUGAUUUCUUUUGAUUUUCCCAUGAUGUCAAGCAAAGAGGCACUGAGUUUGAAGGUAGGCCUUGAAAUACAUCCACAAGUACGCCUCCAAUUGACUCAAAUGAUGUCAAUUAGCCUAUCAGAAGCUUCUAAAGCCAUGACAUCAUCUUCUGGACUUUUCCAAGCUGUUUAAAGGCACAGUCAACUUAGUGUAUGUAAACUUCUGACCCACUGGAAUUGUGAUACAGUGAAUUAUAAGUGAAAUAAUCUGUCUGUAAACAAUUGUUGGAAAAAUUACUUGUGUCAUGCACAAAGUAGAUGUCCUAACUGACUUGCCAAAACUAUAGUUUGUUAACAAGACAUUUGUGGAGUGGUUGAAAAACGAGUUUUAAUGACUCCAACCUAAGUGAAUGUAAACUUCCGACUUCAACUGUAUAAGUCAUCCCAACCUCCUUGUUAUAGUAGAUAGCUAAGGGAGGUCACAUGGGCCCCAGGCAUGAUGUUUGUCAUAAUAUUAUAGAUGAUAAAAAACCUGGCACACACUUUUCAUGAGAGCCUGAGGACAACCUGGGAGUUGAUGUCCUCUGCCGAUGUAGAAAUCAACAUGACCCAACGGUCUGGAAACCCCCAGGGGAGCUACCGGCUCAUUGGCUGAAAAUACACCAGGUAAUGAACUCACUGAUUGGUUAAAAAUAUCUAAAUGGUGUACUAUACUAUUAGGUGUAACUACAUGGCUUAUUAGGUGUGUUUAAAGUUCCUCACGGUUGAAGUUGGUGUGAAUCACAUCCACGUACUGGGCAUCAGUGGGAUCCAGGGACAGGCUUCUGUCUGCCUCAGAAAACAGUGGUGAGAAGGGAUCCAGGCCUGAGUUGGAUCAGAACACAUAAAAAGAAAAGAACAAAACACUAUUUGACCUGUCAGUUCCUCUGAAACUCAGAUUGGACUGUUACCAGAUGUAACCCUGUAUCAUGUUCUGUCUCAGUACCUGUGAUCCUGCCAAUAGCUCCCUCCAAACAGGCCCCAGCCACACCGGCUACAUGGGCCCCAACACCAAACCCUACCAGGUGGAACAGCUCUGGAGAAGAGCCCUGGUCCUCCUGGGGAAUAAACAUCAACACCUCAACAUCCUGGUCCUCCUGGGGAAUAAACACCAACACCUCAACAUCCUGGUCCUCCUGGGGAAUAAACACCAACACCUCAACAUCCUGGUCCUCCUGGGGAAUAAACACCAACACCUCAACAUCCUGGUCCUCCUGGGGAAUAAACACCAACACCUCAACAUCCUGGUCCUCCUGGGGAAUAAACACCAACACCUCAACAUCCUGGUCCUCCUGGGGAAUAAACACCAACACCUCAACAUCCUGGUCCUCCUGGGGAAUAAAAAACCAACCCUCACAUCCUGGUCCUCCUGGGGAAUAAACAUCAACACCUCAACAUCCUGGUCCUCCUGGGGAAUAAACAUCAACACCUCAACAUCCUGGUCCUCCUGGGGAAUAAACACCAACACCUCAACAUCCUGGUCCUCCUGGGGAAUAAACACCAACACCUCAACAUCCUGGUCCUCCUGGGGAAUAAACAUCAACACCUCAACAUCCUGGUCCUCCUGGGGAAUAAACACCAACACCUCAACAUCCUGGUCCUCCUGGGGAAUAAACAUCAACACCUCAACAUCCUGGUCCUCCUGGGGAAUAAACAUCAACACCUCAACAUCCUGGUCCUCCUGGGGAAUAAACACCAACACCUCAACAUCCUGGUCCUCCUGGGGAAUAAACACCAACACCUCAACAUCCUGGUCCUCCUGGGGAAUAAACACCAACACCUCAACAUCCUGGUCCUCCUGGGGAAUAAACACCAACACCUCAACAUCCUGGUCCUCCUGGGGAAUAAACACCAACACCUCAACAUCCUGGUCCUCCUGGGGAAUAAACACCAACACCUCAACAUCCUGGUCCUCCUGGGGAAUAAACACCAACACCUCAACAUCCUGGUCCUCCUGGGGAAUAAACACCAACACCUCAACAUCCUGGUCCUCCUGGGGAAUAAACACCAACCCUCAACAUCCUGGUCCUCCUGGGGAAUAAACACCAACACCUCAACAUCCUGGUCCUCCUGGGGAAUAAACACCAACACCUCAACAUCCUGGUCCUCCUGGGGAAUAAACACCAACACCUCAACAUGUCUACUACACUAUAACAGAGUUAGUCUUGUUCAAUUUGGGCCAGUUUCCCUGACCCAGUUAAAGCAUAUUACUGGACAAAAAAAUCAUUGGCCACCUUCUACCCAGUGUGGAACAUGUCCCCACCUGUAGUGUCUGUAUGGCCUGUGUCCCCACCUGUAGUGUCUGUAUGGCCUGUGUCCCCACCUGUAGUGUCUGUAUGGCCUGUGUCCCCACCUGUAGUGUCUGUGUGGCCUGUGUCCCCACCUGUAGUGUCUGUAUGGCCUGUGUCCCCACCUGUAGUGUCUGUGUGGCCUGUGUCCCCACCUGUAAUGUCUGUGUGGCCUGUGUCCCCACCUGUAAUGUCUGUGUGGCCUGUGUCCCCACCUGUAAUGUCUGUGUGGCCUGUGUCCCCACCUGUAGUGUCUGUGUGGCCUGUGUCCCCACCUGUAAUGUCUGUGUGGCCUGUGCCCCCACCUGUAAUGUCUGUGUGGCCUGUGCCCCCACCUGUAGUGUCUGUAUGGCCUGUGUCCCCACCUGUAAUGUCUGUAUGGCCUGUGUCCCCACCUGUAGUGUCUGUAUGGCCUGUGUCCCCACCUGUAGUGUCUGUAUGGCCUGUGCCAGCCUCUCUCCCACCUGCCUGGCUCCUUCGGUGAUCUCCUGCUCUGGGGGCAGCAGCCAAUCAGCUACCAGGACAUUAACCAGCCCCGCCUCCAACAGCUCCCCCGCCAUCACCCUCGCCCAGCUGGGCUGCAGCCUGGCUGGCCUCCUGCCCGGGACGAUCACUACCGUGGGGCACAGGGGGCUCCAGGCCACAGGACCAGGGGCCAGUCCUGGGAGGCCUGGUGGAGGAGAGAGGUCUAAGGGGGAACCACAGGGACCCUGCUCAGAGGAGAAGCUGAGGAGCCUCACCAGAGGAGAGGGAGGACUGAGACAGAGGAACUCAGAGCAGUGGGCAUGUUGGGCACCUGGGAGAAGAGAAUAUCUGUAAACAUCAAUCAUGUUGUUAACAGAUGACUGUAUUUUAGGUUAUUGUGAGGACUUCUCCCCAGUUAAUCAUGAUUAGGCAGCUGCUAGUGUUGGAAAAUUUGAGUUUUUAAUUUGAAUUGACCUCUAAUGUGCAUCUGAGCUAAUCACACAGUAAUCACCCCCAUAGUACCUGUGGCAGGACCAGACAGAAGACAGAAGAUCAGUAGAGACCAGACGACCAGGCUGCUGUCAGCUCCAGCGUUCUCCACACUGCCACCUGUUCUCUCCAUCACUCCAGCAACAAUGCAAAUCUCCCUCCCUGCUCUACAGCCUUCUGUCCUCUGACACUGAUAAGCCUCAGCGGAGGUGGAGACUGGAGUGUUUCUGA